GCACACAAUUGUAAAAAAUCUAAACACGGUCAUAAUACAAACAUGUGCAGCCUCUGUGGUGGGAGAUAAUCUCAACAUUCAGCAUUUCACGCAUAUUCAACCGCAAAUGAUUUGCGUGGCUGUUUUAAUUGAGCCGUAAUUGUAGGAGGAUCCAUGUAGUGUACUACUGCAGUAGUACUACUACUUCCUCUACUACGCAGUAUUUUUUCGUUUACUGCGCUGGCUUUGUCCUCAGUGAGUGUCGUCACAGUUUAUCCCUGAGGUCGAGCCGAGCUGCCAGGUGAGCCUCCCCUCGAUCACACGUAUUGAUAAUGUAUCGGUAAUGUGUUGGAGGACAGGUUGUGUCCCUCAUUGUCCGCAGCUGGAGGCUCGGGAGUCCGGGGGCUUGGGGGGUUUGGAUGCAAUAGGAACUAACUUUUCAUCCUUGUCUCUCACGGAUGAGUUUAAGAUAAAUCAGUUUUCCAUCCUCAUGCCACCCAAGCGAGGCGCAGGGACGAGCCCAGCACAGCUGCCCAUGAAGAUGAUAAAGGUCUGUCCAGAUGUUGCGGAGUUUGGCUGUGAUCCAGAGGUGGAGAAGUAUGGGCUGCCCGAGGAGUCCAGCUACUCCCCCUUCCACAGCAACGAGAAUGACAACAUUGAGUUUGACGAGGAGCACAUCGCAAGUCCAGGCAUCAGAACGGACACCAUCAGCCUCCUCAUGAAGAUCGAGCAGCUGCAGGCUCAACUCAAGUAUGAACGCAGAUGUCGAAUCCUGGCCGAGAGGGAGCUGAGGGAGAUGAAAGAAAUGAACACUCUCAUGAUGCAGAUGAGGCACACGGCACAUGAACUGCGAGUCACCCUGGAUCAUGUUCUUCAAGGAGGCGAAGCAGGAGUUGAAUCUCAAAACUCUCAAGAUGAAGCCAUCUCUUUCCUGGCUGAGCCUGAGAUGAGAGCAGUUCAUAACAUCCCAGAGGACGACAACAGCUUUCUAUUUCUCGCUGAGAAUCUCAGAGUACCAAAAAACCUUUAUGAGCGCAUCGCAGAGAUCGCGGACUACAAAAAAUACACGUCAGCGCUGCUGAUGAUACUUUUCGACAGAGAAACGUUGGCCACGCACUCUCUGCAGGGCCGGAGGAACACCUUCACUGGAGAUGAUUGUCACAAGCCUCAGCUACCACCGGAGAUCCUGAGGAAUAUAAUUGAGCAUGUGGCCGUCAAGUUUGGUGUUGACGGCAGCCAAAUAAAGACUGCGAUACGCACAAAGUUGAAUAACGAGGACAAACUGUUAAAGAAGAGGAUGGGUUUGAGUAAAGCUGAAAACAAAGUGAUAAUCGAUCAAAGCUUUUGUCAAGAUGCGUCACUCCUGCCUGAAAAUGAACCAAUGAGAAGUGACUCUCAGUUAUAGCAUUUCAAGUCUGUCUUUAUUUGUUGGUUUGCUGGUUUUCAUGUCUGGUAGAAACGAGUGACAGAUUAUCUUUGUUAAUCCACUAGUUUAUUCAGUAAUGGAAUCUAGUCCGUGUGGUCAAUAGGUUUUUAACUAUUUGUUUUUUUUCCGUUCAGAAUUCUUACUUUUUUUUACUUUGACAGCUGUUUUUGUUGGUUGUACUGUAUGUUCAAAAAGUGUGAAGGUUAGUGUGGUGACCCAAUGAGGUCACUGGACGGCACUAUAAAAUGUCACGUGGUGUCGACAAUAAAACGUUAUUUCAGUUGCGGUAGUAAGUGGCUGUGUCUAGAUAAGUCGACCACAUUUAUUCAGCCGUUGUGUGUUUAACGUAGGAACUGUUUGAAAUGAUAGAGAUCUCGUUUGUACCUUGUUCUUUACAAAUUGUGCAAUGCAUCAAGUGUUUUUGAAGAAUAACUUUUGUAGUUUUAGAAUAAGCCAGAAGUGAUCUUCCUGCUUCCACAACAUCUACUACUCUACUUCUCUGUUUGUUGUGCUUCACCAUGUAAGGGCCAAUAAACCUUUGGAACACUUGAAUCCCUC